AUGCCUUCCCCUCCUGUUGUUGACUUUAGCAACUUUCUGUCUGGUGACCCAGAACGCAUGCAGAAAUGCGCGGAUGAGAUUGGCCAUGCCUGCCGUACCCAGGGAUUCUUCCAGAUCAUCAAUCACCCCAUCCCAUUCAGCCUGCAGAAGGAGAUGUUCAAACUGUCCAAGGAGUUCUUUGCCCUGCCGCUUGAGGAAAUAAUGAAGCUGGAUAAAUCCCAAAAUGACCACAACCGUGGCUACGAGGUCAUAGGGUUUCUACGUGGCCCAGAAUCUGCCGGCAGACCACCCUCAGGUGCUGACAAAGAAGUUCGCCCACGGACCCAACUUGUGGCCGAGUCUCUGGGCGAUCACUUCCGCGACACUUGCAUGGAGUACCUGAACCAAGUCACUGCCCUGACCGAGAAGGUGAUGCAGGCGAUUGCCAUCUCGCUGGGCUACGACGAGCACUACUUUGACGAGUUCUGCACCGAGCCCAUGGCCUUCUACAAGCUGCUGCACUACCCCCCGCAACCGGAGGAUGCCCACCCCCUGCAGCGCGGCAUCGGUGCCCACCGCGACUUUGGCGUCAUCACCCUGCUGCUCCAGGGCGAUGUGCCGGGACUGGAGGUAUGGGAUGAGGAAACACAGUCCUACUACCCGGCGCCUCCGGUCGAGGGCGCGUAUGUGGUCAACCUGGGCAACCUCUUCCAGCAGUGGACCAACGACAAGUACAUCUCGAACGUGCACCGGGUCAUCAACCGGUCGAACGUGGACCGCUACUCGAUCCCGUUCAACUACAACGGCAACCCGGAUUUCAUCAUCCGGUGCAUCGAGUCGUGCCGCGAAGAGCCGGAGGACGAGAAGUACGCGCCCAUCUCGGUGGAUGACUAUGUCAGGCAGAAGUACAAGGAUGUCUACGGGCGUGUGCGUAUUUACACUGUUGCGGAGAAAGCUGUGGCGGCACGGAGCACUCGUGUCCGUAUUGGGCAAGAUACGAGCGCGCUUUGUCCUUACGCUCUUGAUAUGAUAGCAAUGACAUGUUAUGCCAAGAUGCAGGAUGGACCUGUUGACAAGCGCUUGGCGUAG